AUGAAUGCCACAUCUGCUGCUCCUACGGUGUCCCCUGUGGCCACCGAUCCCAUGAACACAGCUACAAACAGGAGGAUCCACUAUGGCCACAGGUGUCCCUGCAACAGGAGGAUCCACUAUGGCCCCAAGUGUCCCUGCAACAGGAGGAUCCACUAUGGCCACAGGUGUCCCUGCAACAGGAGGAUCCACUAUGGCCACAGGGGUUGUCCCUGCAACAGGAGGAUCCACUAUGGCCCCAAGUGUCCCUGCAACAGGAGGAUCCACUAUGGCCCCAAGUGUCCCUGCAACAGGAGGAUCCACUAUGGCCCCAAGUGUCCCUGCAACAGGAGGAUCCCACUAUGGCCCCAAGUGUCCCUGCAACAGGAGGAUCCACUAUGGCCCCAAGUGUCCCUGCAACAGGAGGAUCCACUAUGGCCCCAAGUGUCCCCUGCAACAGGAGGAUCCACUAUGGCCCCAAGAGGAUCACUAUGGCCCCAAGUGUCCCUGCAACAGGAGGAUCCACUAUGGCCCAAGUGUCCCUGCAACAGGAGGAUCCACUAUGGCCACAGGUGUCCCUGCAACAGGAGGAUCCACUAUGGCCCCAAGUGUCCCUGCAACAGGAGGAUCCACUAUGGCCCCAAGUGUCCCUGCAACAGGAGGAUCCACUAUGGCCCCAAGUGUCCCUGCAACAGGAGGAUCCACUAUGGCCCCAAUUGUCCCUGCAACAGGAGGAUCCACUACCAUCCAGACCACCCACUCCGUUCGUCAGUAAUACCACUGUUGAGACUUUCACGUCCAACAUCACCAGGGAUUUCUGCAAAAAGGACAAGUUUUGUGCUUCCGAGCCAUCGACCUGCAAUCCCAGCUCUGAGUCCUGUUUCUUCGUUGUCUGCGGCCCAGUCCUCCGGCCAGGUCUUCGAUUUCGAGCUGAAUGGGCCUUCAACCGGCUACGUUGCCAUGGGACUCGCAACUAGCGCUGCACAGAGCUCAAACGUCACCACCUAUGUGUGCGCAAACAGCAAUGGCGUUUUCAAGUUCUUCACCACUUUCCUGAACAACGGCAAACUCGUGAUGACAUCGCUGCCGGUGAACAAAGUGAAGGGCGUCGUGAGAGGAAGCUGCUCCAGUGUGCCUUCACGGCCUCUCUCCCCAGGGCCAACGUCUCCUCCAGGGCUGCUGACACCAGCUUUAUCGUCACCGUGUCGGAUGGAACCGUUACUAAUGACACGCUGGGAACCCCCAAAGCACAGCUGCGGAGCCCUGAGGCGGUCGACCUGAGCAACGUGAACAGCACCUUCACCAACAUCCUCACCGCCACCUCCACCGCCAGCCAUGGCAUCACGCUACAGCGCUCCUCUCCCAAGUACUGGAUGGAUAGAUGGA